AUGCCAAACAGUCAGUCAUCUGUCGAGGACCGCUUGCGGCGUCUCAUGCCGAGCCUCCCGGUAUAUACCGAAGGCACGCACUAUCAAGACUGUCUCGAACUAUACAACCAUGCGUUGAGAAAGAAACCACUGGUCUGCGCUCGGCCGCGGACAGAAGAAGAGGUCUCCCGCUUGGUUCAAUUUUGCGCCGAACAGAAGAUCCCCUUUGCUGUUCGUUCAGGUGGUCACGACUUCUUCGGCCGCUCCGUGAUUCACAAUGGCAUUCUUAUCGACAUGCGUGACAUGGACACGGUGAGUGUUGUGUCGGACCGAGCUAGCGCACGCGUUGGUGGCGGAGUGAUUGCCGGCCACCUGCAGGAAACCCUCCAAUCUCACGGCUUGUUCACUCCUACUGGACAGGCAAAGUCUGUCGGCUAUGUCUCUUGGGCGUGUGGCGGAGGGUACGGCUUCUAUGUUGGAACAUACGGGUUUGGGGUGGAUCAAAUACUGGGAGCUCGAGUGGUUUUGGCCGGGGGCAGUGUGAUUGACACCAACGAAGAUUCAGAAUUACUAUGGGCACUCCGCGGCGCUGGGGCUGGCACGUUCGGCAUUGUCGUGGAGCUUCGCGUGAAGGUCUACCCAGUGCCCAAACUAUACGCGGGCUUCCUAGCCUUCCCCUUGGCCGAUGCCGCGACGGUCAUGGGCAGGAUUGAGAGGCUUUUAGAUGAUGACUUACCUGAUGAGUUCAGCGGAGAUGCCAUAGUUGUAAAUCCUGAAAUGGCUCCAACCCCGGUAGCCGAGCCUUCUACACCAGCCGCCUAUGGCUUGGGUGAUUCGUCGUCAGAAACAUUCUUCCGCAGUCGAAACGUCGAUCGGAUACAUCAGAAGGUUGGCACCAUUCUCGCACGGCACCCUCCACCAUACCCGCUGUCCGCUGUCAUCUUUCAUAAUAAUCACGGUAAGGGUGUUCGACACCAAGUCGCCGAUCCUGUCGGGGCGGCCUUUCCGAAUCGAUACCAACAUGUCAUUCUCGGCCUUCAUGGGGGCACCAGGCCAGGCGGAGUUGACGAACAGGAGCUUGCAACAGCAGCCAGAUGGGUCAUACAAUUGGAGGAAGCGAUUGAUCAGAACGGUCUUUCCUUGCGAGGAGGGUUCCCUGCCUUUUGGCCCCCUGACCAAGUGGACAUCGAACGAUUUUUCGGCCAAGAGAACGCCUUAAGACUGCGGCAGUUGAAGGCACGACUAGAUCCGAACAAUCUGUUUCACCGUGCUCUGCCCGGUCUAUAUGCAUGCUGA